UGUACGUAACAGGAAUAACGGUAGAUGGCGCGUGCUUUAAAGAUGGCGCCGUCUGUGGAUGUCGGAAGUAACUAUGGUGUUAUUAUUAGCACUCAGCUAAAGUCUAAACUUUAGAAAACAGGUACGACUUGCCUCAGACGGACUUCCACUCAAGUCAAUAAAUCGCGUCGGGACUUAUGGCAUAAAAAGCACAAGCGAGUUUGGAGCUGGGAAAGUGUUUGCUAGCUGACUAGCAGCCUGAACCCGCCCACUGCUGUAACACAGUUACUUCGUGUUUUUGCAUGAUGUUACUGUAUAACUGAUUUUAGUUUCGGUAGUUUGUGGUUUUCGCGCUAGAAGGGUUAACCGCUAACUAGCCGGAGUUUUCGUAAUGACAGCGAGCUAUUUAGUUUAGCGUAACUUGAAUGACAGGUGCGUACGUGACCUUAGCUGUGGGUCCUACUUCCGAGCGUAACUGUCCUGAACUUAUCUGACACUGAAAGUUGGCUCGUUGCUGUAGCUGUUGCCGCUUUAUGAAAUAAGCAGCACAUUUAAUGCUUUCUCAUGUAAAGACAACUUUACUAGCUUGAUAAUGCUUAUGUAGAGCUAAGAGAGCUUUUAGCUAGCUAGUUGGCAAGCUAGCAAACUAGCUAGACUGACAGUUGGGCAGCUGUCUUCUUUUAAUAGCUACGAGACCUGUCUUAAAGCUGAGUUAUAUUAGCUGUUUAAAAAAAAAGGGAUUAUGAAAUAUUUGGUAAAGUAUUUCCCACAGCUGAAAAUUCUAUGAUGAAUAACUCUAUGACUGUAAUAUUCCAUUGAAUAAAUAAUAUUUUACUGCCUUUCUCUAGUUAAGGCUAGCUUUGCAUUAUUCCUCUACUCCUGCAUUAUUCAUUCAUCUGCAUAAUAAAAAGCUUCAAUUGUCGAAUAAUCAACUAAUUUGAGACUGCUGACACUUAAAAAAAAAAAUGUUUGCCUCUAUAUAGAGUGUCAUUGGUCCACUGACUACUGCUGGGUUAAAAUACAAUAUAACAUCUUGGGCAAAUAACUUAAACAUUUCCAUAGAAGGCUUUUUCUACUCUUUGGGAUUUGGGAUGUGCACUUCCUGCCACUUCCUUGCACUGCCACCAUUUUCUACCCAGAUGCUUUUUGUUUCCCUUCGGUCUCUUUGAACCCAGUGUCUACUCAGGAACUCUACGAUCCUCACCAGUUUUCUCCCAUUUGCAGCACAUUUACAGGACAGAAUUACUUGACCACUUGUCAUUAGAAUGACACUCCCUACAUUAAGGACAUUUCUCUGCUGUCGAAAUCCAGUCGUGGCGAUUAUCAACAGGGGAGGCAGCCUGAAUUUCCACCAGUCCAGUGUUUGUAAAGAUGCUUCGCAGGCUGAGAGUGGUUUCAAACCUUUAAAAGUCGCAGUGGUGACCAAAACUACGCGUUAUGAAUUCGAGCAGCAGCGGUACAUCUGUGCCGGACUUUCAGAAGAGGAUCUCAAACAGUUGCUUGCAUUAAAGGGAUCCAGUUACAGUGGACUUCAGGAAAGGCACUACAUACACACGCACAAUGUUGGACACAUCGUGGACAAUUUGCAAAAACUGGGCAUGGAGGUUCGUGUGGUUAAAAGAGGAGAGUAUGAUGAAGACACAGUCAGAUGGGCAGAUGCUAUUGUGUCUGCUGGAGGUGAUGGCACCAUGCUGCUGGUUGCCAGUAAAGUGUUUGAUAAAAACAAACCUGUAAUAGGAGUCAACACUGAUCCAGAACGGUCUGAGGGCCAUCUGUGCUUGCCUGUGCGCUAUACGCACGCAUUCUCUGAAGCAUUACGGAAACUUAGCAAGGGGGACUUCAGGUGGCAGUGGCGUCAGCGGAUCCGCAUACACAUGGAGGGCACAGGGAUCAACCCCACCCCAGUGGAUCUGCAUGAGCAGCAGCUGAGUUUUGAGCAACACACCAAAGCACACCGCAUCACUUCCAACUCCCAGCACAGAAAAGCACAUGAAACCUAUACGUCACCAUACCUACUUCCUGUCCGAGGACUCAAUGAAAUCUUCAUUGGAGAGUCCCUUUCCUCCAGGGUGAAGUAUAAAUCCUUCAAACCCCAUCUUACCCUCUCGCUCCAUAGGGCUUCCUACUACGAGAUCUCAAUCGAUGAUGGACCAUGGGAGAAGCAGAAGAGCUCAGGACUUGGUAUUUGCACUGGAACUGGAUCCAAAGCUUGGUCUUAUAAUAUUAAUAAACUUGUGGAACAGACCGUGGAGGAUGUCCUUCGAAUAGGCAAAGGAAAAACUGGCUUUGAUAUUCCACUAAAUCAGGAAGUCAUCAGAAGUGUGACCGAAGCGUACAAUGAAGCUCUCAUGUUCAGUCCAGAGGAGAACCGAGUUUUCUUUAGCAUCCGAGAGCCCAUUGUCAACAGAGUGUUUUCCAACAGCCGUCAGAGAGGAUUUGCAAGCAAGGUUUGUGUUCGUUCAAGGUGCUGGGACGCGUGCAUGGUGGUAGAUGGAGGAACGUCGUUUGAAUUUAACGAUGGUGCUAUUGCCACUAUCAGCUUACACGAGGAGGACUUGCUGAAAACAGUUUUGCUUGACGACUGAACUUACACACGUAGUUUAGUAUUGGAACUGGGUCAUCAAGCCUGAACUGAAAAUUUUCACUGACGCAAGGUCAAAAAAACAAAACAGGUUACGGUCACAACCUGGAGGCUCAUCAACUGUUAAAGAUGAGGCUAAAAUGAACUUGCACUCUUAAGGUUUUACAGGUAGAAUAAGAAUCUUUCAUGGUGUUGGUAAAACCCUGCUGGGAAGAAAUCUAAGUCUGUAAGUACAUGCUGUCACAGACGUCUUCAUACCUAUGGCAAAUUAACAUGAUUAAGCAGACCUGUUAACGUGAGUUUAUCAGGAGUAGGGGAGAGGAGAGUUAACUUUAACUAUGUAUGAAGACUUUUUGGACACACUGUUAAUUUUGUUUGUAUUUUUAAUCACGGGGAUGUAAAUGUGAAUACAAUCAUGAUAAACACAGUUUGAACAUCAAAGAAAUUUGGGGUUACGGUGAUAAAUUCUCACUUAUUUGGUUUUUAUGUAAAGUGAAGCAUAUUCCAAAACUUAAUUCCAACAAAACAGUAAAGCCACAAAUUUUUGUUCUAUCAGAUCAGUUUUUAUCUUUGCUCAGUUCUGCCCAAUACCUUUAAUCAGUGUUGCUGAAAUACUGAUGUCUAUGAAUGUCAAAAGUGUGUUGUUACAACAUGUAUGUACUAUCACCCACUCCUAGUAUUCAGUUAUCCAUAUUAAUGUCUCAGUAAAUAUAGGUGACUGGACCCGUGUUUGGAUCUAGAUGAGGGACUUGAAGGGUGUAAUGUGUCGCUCACUAGAAUUAGGUGAGUGACUCAAAUACAACUGCCAUUACCUGGAUGUACUGAAAUAAAACAUUCAGAUUUAAAGCCAUGUGGUACUAAAUCGGACGAGCCAAGAAGCUCAAGGUAGCGGCAGUCCAGAUCAUUAAACUCUGUAUUACUGCAUUAAAAUGUUCUAGUUGGAAAAGAACUCGCCAAAAUGAAUUUUGUAAUGAGAAAUGACAGCAUUGGAAUGUUGAAUUGCAUUUCUGGUUUCUUUAUUAAAAAUAACAAAACACCUGUUUCAUGUUCUGA